AUGCUUUGGUUUCAAGGCAAUAGAAUACAACUUGGCAAAUAUUCCUUUGGAUUCCUCUUGAGAAAUCUCUCUGCCUCCCAGACUACUCUGCCUGUGCUGACCUUAUUCACAAAGGAUCCAUGCCCCCUUUGUGAUGAAGCCAAAGAAGUACUCAAGCCUUAUAAUAACAGAUUUAUUUUACAGGAGGUAGACAUCACACUUCCAGAAAACUCCAACUGGUAUGAAAGGUAUAAAUUUGACAUUCCUGUCUUCCAUUUGAAUGGCCAGUUUCUGAUGAUGCAUAGAGUGAACAUCCCCAAACUUGAAAAACAGCUCCUGAAACUUGAGCAGCAAGGUGCCGGAGACUGA